AUGGACUCGUCAUUGCUAUCAGCUCACCUCGAGCAAAUACAAAGCUCCUGUCAGGGAAUUGACUCCCUUCCUUUCCCACCUCCGAAAAUCUUCACCAACGCCCUACUAUCAAAUCACGACAUCACAGCCUUGAUUCGAGAUACCGAGGCCCACGAACGCGCUCUGUUUUCCGUCCCCCCACCGCCCCCUGCCACAGCCGCCGCGACCAAACCCUCAAAAUCCGCCGAGAGCGAAAUCAAGCCCAAGAACCGCCGACAAACAGUCUUCAAUGUCGCUUCGGGAGAGGUAACGACGGGCCCUACAACCCGCGGCGCGCCACAUCGACGUACCGCGGUGGCUGCCGUGCUGGGCGGCGAGAUGCAUGACCAGCUGCGGCGUGGGGAAACAAAUCGAAAAGGGGAUCUAGAUGUCGAGGUAUUGCUCCGCGGUGCCGAAAAGCUGUGCGGCGUGUACGAGCUGCCGGGAGCGCGCGAGCGGAUCACGGCGUUGCGGGCGAGGCAUCGGAAUGGGAAAAACACAAUGGCUUAUUACGAGGCCAAGGUGGCGGAACAGGCUGAGCAGCUGGCAAGCAUGAACAAGGACUGGAUGGAUCAGGGUGAGGACAAGGGGAAAGGACAGGAUGAGCCGCAGGACGUGGGCGGGGAUGAGUGGACGGAGGAUGAUUUGAGGAGGGAAGAGGAAGAGACGAGGCAAAUGGAGGCAAAGAAGAGGGAGCUGCAAGCCAGACUGAAGUCUAUGGAGAAGGAUCUCGGAGCUCUGAGAAACAUGUACUCGUAG